UGAACCGUCGUCAGUCAGGACAGAUGGACGUUCCAGCCCUGACGUGGAGGUUCAUCGCUGCACAAUAAUCAAAACUGGAGAGAAAAAAAAAAGAUGUGGACUUUGACGGUUCUUUGCAUCCUGGCCGUGGGCAACUGGCAGGCUGCAGGAAAAGAUAACUCCACCCAAAUGUUGUACACCAAACUGUGGAUCGACAGCAGCAUCAUCGCCAACAUGUCGGCGCUACUGCCGUCGUUUCGGGUGGACGGCCGCUUCAACGUGGACGGCCUUAAAAGGACAACAACUUGUGAGAAGGAGGUCAGGACGUGCACGUGCGAGGCGGGCCACUACUGGGGUGACGACAUCUGCCGGGCGGAUCAGUCCUGCUGCGGCCAGACAUGCACCUUUAAGAAGACCCCAAGUCCUACGUGUAUUUCAAGAAAAAGAGUUCUCAUCACCGGCUCGUUGUCUCUGGAUGUAAGAUAUCAACAUUGUCUGAAAAACAAAACAACAGAAGAAUAUAAGAAAUGCCAUGAUCUGUUAAUAGCAAAGAUGAAAAAGACGUUCAGCACUCUGAGCGGGUUUGAGACCGUGGUGAUCAAACAGUUCAGAAUUGGCAGCAUUAUCGCAGAUUUGGAGAUGACCGUCGUGUCCGACAUCGACCCCAAAAUUCUGACUCAGAAAUCGACGGAGCUGAUCAAUGAGCUGGAAGCCCGGCUUAUUUUGGAGACGACAGGCGUGGUCCAAAUAGAGAUGCCGAAACUCCCCGUGGAAUACCACGCUACGACCAGUAUCACCUGCAAAACGACGAAAGACCUGGGAACGCGGCCGGAGUGGGAGCUGAAAAGCGGGAAGAGAAUUAGCAUCAACAAUGGCACAGUGUCCACCAUUACCACGGGGACAAAACUCACCACGGUCACCUUGGAUGAAGUAGACGAGCUCUGGAAGGGAGAGUACAAAUGUUUCUACACUGAAAAAACCGACAACAUCACCAUAGUUCACAAAGCCAAGGCUACAUUGGAUGUUUGCCUCCUUCCGGAAAUCGUAACCUCCACAGAGGCAGAUUUUCCACGCUGCAUACAAAAAUUAGGUACUCUGAUCGUAAAAGCUAAAUGCAACAUACCGCCACAUAGCAGCGGCGAAAACUAUAAUGUGACUUGGACCGGUGAUCCCUUCGACACCUCAGUUAGUGAAGACCGAAGGGAAUAUACGGCGGACUAUGUUAUAGACUGCAGGUAUCCUAAUAAUAAUACUGCACCAGUAAAUUGCACAUUCACGAACCGGUGUAAACAAGGGAAAGGUGGACAAGUUGAUAUGAAAAUCAUAAACGUUGGCGAUGCGUUCUGUAGCGCUGAAGGAGAGUGGAAAGAUACCAAGGCCAAUUACGAGGCAUACUUACCAUGCCACAAAGCCGAUGGAGUAAGAAGAAGAAAAUGCCUUUUCAGAAAAGCGGGGAAACCGGGGGAAUGGGGACAAGAGACUUCAUACUGUGUGCAUCCAAAACUUACUCGAGUGCUGACAGAAGCAUUAAGAAGUGACAACGGACGUGGCGGACUGGAAAAAAAUGCUGCAGAGAUAUUUUCUGAAUUCAAAAACAUCACAGAGAAACAGUCCAUCGAAGGUUUUCCUAACCUGAAUACAUCUAUUGAAGUUCUCAACACCAUGACCACCAAGCUAAAAAUCCUAAGAGACACCUCGGUGGAAGACUUCCUGAGCUCAUCAAGCCACCUGCUGAACGAGACUCUUAAUUCGACUUGGGCAGUAAAACCUUCCGACGGCAGCAAUUCGUUGGCCGACAGGUACCUGAGCUCGGUCGAGGGGUUGAUCCACAAGGCAAACAUAACGCGCAGUAGCACCAAAAAUAAUCUGGACGUGAGAAAGUGCGAAGAGGAAAAGUGUACCAACACAGUCUUCAACGUCAGCAUCGUUCUCCAGACCACAGGCCACGGGAUUGUAAAAGCGGCUGGAUUUCAACACCUCAACAAGUAUCUGCCCAACAACAAAACUGACGCGCCCAACAGCAUCGUCGUGUCCACGACCGUUGAAAAGGAAAAGGAAAAGGCCAGAGUUCGGAUCACGUUCCCUCUGAUUAAGAAGAGGCGUCGCAACACACCAAUGAAGUGCGUCGCCUGGGACAACGCCACCCAGGAGUGGUCGUCGAAUGGAUGUGACUGGGAAGGUCCUGCCUCCGAAGGCGUCUGCAUUUGCAGACAUUUGUCCUCAUUUGCCAUUUUAAUGUCCCAAUACCCCGUGGAGAUCAAGGGGUUGACCGAGAUUACCUACGUCGCUCUGUCCAUCUCCAUCGUGUCCCUCGUCAUCCAUAUCGUCAUAGAAAUUCUGGUCUGGGGCGACGUGACCAAGACCUGCACCUUGUACUUACGCCACACCGCGCACAUCAACAUCUCUCUGUGCUUGCUGAUUGCGAACUGCUGCUUCCUGGCGUCCUCUGAACCCAAAGGGAUGUCCAGCAUCUGGUGCCAGAUCUCCACGAUGAUCAAGCACUUCUUCUACCUGUCCAUGUUCUUCUGGAUGUUGUGCAUGAGCACCACGCUCCUCCACCAGGCAGUGUUCAUGUUCCACAAAGUGAGCAAGAAGGUCUACCUGCGGUACUCCUUCGUCCUGGGCUACGCCUGCCCUCUGCUGAUCGUCUCCAUCACCUUCAUCGCCAACCAAAGGGGCGCCGAUGGCGUCUACUUCUCCUCGGACUCCUGCUGGCUGGUUUACGCCGGGGUGAUGCAGGGCUCCAUUUUUACGUUCAUCAUCCCAAUGGGCAUCAUCGUCUUCGUCAACUCGUUCUCCAUGCUGGUGGUCAUCAUGAAGCUUCUGGACCACCACCAGAACACGCCCGGGUCGCAAGAAAAGGAAAAGAUGGCCGCCAAAUGUGUCGUGAGGUCAGUUAUUCUCCUGACGCCCAUCUUUGGCCUGACGUGGUUCAUGGGAUUCGCAAUCCUGGUCCUCGACCUCGCCGAUGGAAUGUACGUGCAAAUAAUCCACUAUGCUUUUAACCUGAUGAACGGGUUCCAGGGUUUGUUCAUCUUGUUGACGACAUGUCUCGGGGACAAAAUGACUCGUGAAGCUUUGCUGAAGCGCUUCAGGAAAGAGGCGCCGGGAUCCGUCAGCAACAGCAGCUCCAGGGUGGACUCCACAACACUGAAGUAGAACCAGCGACUGCUCCUUCAGGGCCCGUCCUUCAGGGGCCCGUCCUUCAGGGCCCGUCCUUCAGGGGCCCGUCCUUCUGGGGCCCGUCCUUCAGGGCCCGUCCUUCAGGGCCCGUCCUUCAGGGCCCGUCCUUCAUAGUCCAGGGGCCAGAGCCCAAAAUUUCACUUGUCAGCUCCACUCAAGGUGACCAAAGUUACUUGUGAUUUUUGAAAAGAUCCAUGUCUGUAGAUGAUAUUCUGGUAUGAUAACCUUCCUGAGUGGCAGCUGGAUCAUAAUUAUCAGCUCAUGAAGUUACCCACCCCUUCAGAAAAUUACACUUUAGCUGCUGCUGCAUAUCCUGGUUUAGACUCAUGUUCAGGAAAUCUGUCAAUGUUUCACUAUAUUGUCUUUGGUAUAAUUUUAAAGGGGACCUUUUAAGCCUUCAUUCAAGCUAAGAUGUGAAACUUUCUGACCAACGUAGAGGUCGUUGCAGCUCUUUAAACUAUAAACAACACACAUUUUUACACAAUUUUCGCCUAAAUUAUAUACUAUCUUUUAGCCCUGUGUCCACUAGGAACAACAGAGACACAAAAUACAAAAACUGGAAUACUCACAGGACCAUAAGGAUUCAGGAAAUGUAAAAUAUACCCUUACUAUAUUGUUGUUACCGGUCAUUGUGAGCCUUAAAUUAGAAGAGCAUCAUUAGGCUCCUAUGAAACUAUAACAGCCACUAAUGUCACAAACUGGUCUUUAUCAUGCAAAUACACGACAUAAAGGACAUAACAAUGAGAUAAGGAACAAGCUUAGUUUUAUAAACAACAUUAGAGACACAAAAUACAAAAAAAAAUACAAAAACUGGAAUACUCACAGGACCAUAAGGAUUCAGGAAAUGUAUAAUACGCCCAAUUUAGAAUCAUUAAUUAACCUGAAAGGGCUGGGUAACUUCAUGAGCUGAUAACUAUGAUCCAGCUGCCACUCAGGAAGGGUUAUC